GGUUCGAUGAAAGUGGUCGAGGCCGUGUGUGAUAUUUAUGUGUGGUGGCCAUGGGGUUGUUGUGUUGUGUAGAGCUUUCACGUUUCAACACACUGCCGACUUAGUGUGUUUUCAUUACUGAAAUUCUAGAUCAAUAGUGUGAUAUAUUUAGAGUUUAUAUGUCGAUAUUGUGUUACGCUGAAUACCGUAGAAAGUGGCGAUUGUUCGUGAAAUGGCAGUAGCAGUUGACGUAGAAGGAAGGUCUUCAGUACCAACGGUUUGCUCGCACAAGGAAAUAUGUACGCGUACGAGCUGGGUGGACGCACGUACUGCGCUCGCCCACAUUACUAAGGGGCGAGCGUCAGGAAGCCGCGGUGCUCUGUGGAUGCGGUGUUUGCUUCAGGAGCAGCUGCAGCAGGCCGGUCAGUUCUGCGACAGACAUGCCGGCAAGGUCGUCUUCGUGGCCAUCCUCGUGCUAAGCUCCUUCUGCGUGGGCCUCAAGAGCGCCACGCUGGUCACCAACAUUGAACAACUUUGGGUCCAAGAGGGCGGACGACUGCAGCAAGAACUGCAGUACGUUGAAGCUACUCUGGGCAAAGGCGCCGGAUCCACGAAACAAAUGCUCAUCCAAACCGCCGCGGGCGAGUCAUCCGCACCUAACUUACUGAAGUCUUCCGCCCUGCUGACGCACCUCGCUGUGCUGCAGUCUGCGAUCAGCGUCUCCGUCGAUCUUUACGAUACAAGUUGGAGCUUGUCCGAUAUUUGUUAUGCUCCCACGUUUCCUGAAUUUGAAAGCUACCAGGUUGAAAAGAUUUUUGAGCACUUGAAUCCGUGCACCAUCAUCACUCCAUUGGACUGCUUCUGGGAAGGCUCCCUCUUGCUCGGACCAAAGUUUCCGGUCACUGUGCCUGGUCUUGGUGCUGGGAUCAGAUGGAGCAACUUGAACCCCUCUAAACUGGUCGAGAAAAUCGAGCAAGUGCAGGACAUGACCAAGCAUUUCCCUCUCGCGUCCUUUGCCGAGUUUCUGAAGCGGGCGGGAAUCACAACAGGGUACCAGGAGAAACCUUGCUUGGACCCUCUAGACCCUGACUGCCCCAUGACCGCCCCCAACAAGGGUUCCAGCGAACCUGUGGACGUUGGAGCCCAUGUCACGGGUGGCUGCUAUGGUUUUGCGGGUCGGUACAUGCACUGGCCCGAACAUCUGAUCGUCGGGGCCAUCUCCAAGAACAAGACGGGACACAUCGUCAGAGGCGAGGCUCUUCAGAGCAUCGUUCAGCUCAUGGGGAGUAAGAACCUCUACGAAUAUUGGAACGACGACUGGAAAGUUCACAAUAUCGACUGGAAUCAGGAAAAAGCUGAACUUAUUCUCAACGCCUGGAUGCAUAAAUUCAUGAUGAAAGUUGAAUCAGAAUCUGCGGCUCGGCUGGAAGAGACACCCUCCUACCAGUUCCUGCCGUUCUCAGACGCGUCGCUGGGCUCCCUCAUCAAGAACUUCUCGGAACUUUCUGUGCUGAAGGUGGUCGUUGGCUACGGCAUCAUGUUGGGGUAUACGGUGCUGGUUCUCUGCCGUCCGUGGGACUUCAGCAACUCGCAGGCUGGCUUGGGCGUUGCGGCAGUGCUGCUGGUUGCCUUCUCUGUCGCUGCUGGCAUGGGCUUCUGUGCGCUACUGGGCCUCCCUUUUAGUGCUGCAUCCACGCAGGUGCUACCGUUCCUUGCACUCGGUUUGAGUGUUGACAACAUCUUCCUAAUGUUACACACGACUUCUGAGGCCUUGUCGGAAGCCGCAACUCUUGGACUCGUGCUUGUUGACUCAGAAAGAACGAAACAAGUUGGCUCAAUCGUGAAGCGCUGUGGUGUAUCCAUCUUGAUGUCUUCGUUAUGCACAGCGCUGAGCUUUGCUUGCGCAGCCAUUAUUCCGGUGCCCGCUCUUCGUUCGAUGUGUUUCCAGGCGACUAUAUUGCUCCUCGUUAACGUUGUCGCAGCACUACUUGUCUUCCCUGCAUUUUUGUCCCUGGAUCUUCGCAGGCGAACGGCCAAACAAGCUGACGUUUUUUGUUGUUUUCCUGAUCCCCUCGACAACUCUAAUGACGUUUUGGCAAGGGCUCCAACGCGAUCGGCUGAUACUAUGUGUUGUUUGCCACAACAUUCCACUAAUAUCCCCCGAAACGUUACAGCUGAGCAUGAAAAACCCGCUCCUGCCACCGCUCAAGAUACCAAUUCGCUGAAAUCCAACUCUUCCCAGACCCAAGACUGGCCGGAGCGUAAUUCGAACCUCGUACUUUCGCCGUCAGUCGACUCUCUGGAGUCUACGUACUCGUUAUUUGGCGGUAAAUUAGGACUGCGUAGCUUUAUUGUGAACUUUUUAAAUAGGACUUGGAACGGGUACGUUUCUUGCGUGAGCAGUGAAAAGUGUCGCGCGGUGGGGUUCUUUUUCUUGAUUAUUUCGAUAGCCGCGUCGGCGUGGGGCGUAAGCCGUUUACGCGAUGGUCUGGAUCUCACAGCCCUGGUACCAAGGGACUCGCCAGAAUCAACGUUUUUAGAGGCCCAGCAAAAACACUUCAGCAUUUAUCACAUGUUCGUUGUCACCAAAGGGCAUUUUGAGUAUCCCAGGCACCAGAAACUUCUCCAUGACUACCACGCAGCCUUCACCCGGGUUCCAUACAUCCUUAAAGAUGACGACGGAGGUUUGCCGGAUUCUUGGUUGGCUAGUUUCAGAGACUGGCUUUUGGGUUUACAAAAAGCUUUCGACAAAGACUGGAAAAAUGGAUGCAUAAACGCUGAACGUUGGCACUCGAAUGCCUCCGAUGACGCCGUGAUGGCCUACAAGCUCCUCGUGCAAACCGGCCAUGUCGAUCAUCCUGUCGACAGAUCUCUUGUGGUUCAGACUCGCCUGGUGAAUGCUGACGGCAUCAUAAAUCCAGACGCAUUCUACAAUUACCUCAGCGCAUGGGUCACCAACGAUGCCAUGGCCUACGGGGCCUCACAGGCCGACCUCAAACCUGAGCCGCGACGCUGGUACCAUGACCGAUACAACGACCAUGACCUCAAGAUACCGAAAAGUUCACCUCUGGUGUUCGCCCAAAUGUCGUUUUUCGUUCGUCACCUGAACACCACCGAGAGUGUAACAGACAUGAUCUCGCAAGUUCGCCACAUUUGCGACAAAUUCAACGAGAAAGGACUUCCUAACUUCCCGAAAGGAGUUCCCUUCACUUAUUGGGAGCAAUACAUACAUUUAAGGUUUUUCUUGGUUCUAUCACUGAUAUCGGUGGUAGUUGGAGUUUUUAUGAUAGUCUCCGUAUUUCUACUGAACGCCUGGGCUGCCGCUAUCAUCGUCCUCGUUCUAUCAUUGCUCGUCUUGCAAAUGGCCGGAAUGAUGGGCAUAGUCGGGGUUCACUUGAGCGCCGCCCCGGCCGUGAUGCUCGUCGCCGCCGUAGGGGUGGGCAUGCAAUACGUGGCGCCCGUUGUCUUGGGAUACCUCACGGCAGUGGGCAACCGCCGUCGCAGGGUUGGCGUUGCUCUUUGUCAUAUGGCUCCUCCGGUGAUCCAUGGCGCUGCAUCCACGCUUCUAGCUGCCCUCAUGCUGCUCUUUUCAGAGUUUGAUUUCAUCAGAAGGUGUUUCUUCUACGUGAUCGCGGGGCUGGUGAUGCUGGGUGUCAUCGAUAGUCUGUUUUUCUUGCCAAUCAUUUUGUCCAUGAUCGGCCCUCCUGCUGAGAUCAUAUCACACGCUCAUCCUGAUCGUCUACCCACCCCUACACCACCACCUUCACCUCAACCACAACCUCACCACCAGUCCCAAAAUGUCCUUCAACUGCAACCUGUCGUUCGUUUCAACCAAGCAUCAGCCACCAACGGUUCUUCUGCCAAGUUUUCUACGGACGUUGGACGAAAUUCGAGGCGGCCCAGCCGUACUGAAUUUACCGGUGCAGCCCCGGAGAAUGUGAAAAAUUCCAGUAACUAUCUUCGACAUCAUCACAAUAAUAGUAGUAGUCACAAUCAUCACGGGGGCUCAAACUUAUCACUUUCAACCAUCACUGAAGAACCUCCGUCCUCUCACUCGACCAACUCAUGCCAGUCUUCGUACUCAGGCAUCUCCGCUCAUGAGAUAGUGGUGGAACCGCAAGUUGUCGUGGAGACAACUACCUACGGAAAUGGAAGCGGCACUAGGACGAGUACCUGCGGGACUGAAAAUAAUUGCGGUGAUGCAAGUAACAUCAGUCAUGUAACCACUAAAGUAACCGCAACCGCCAAAGUUAAGGUUGAGCUGCACACUCCUUUAACAAGCAGCAGCGUGUCUUCUUGCGGCAGUGGUAGGAGCAGUAAUAGUAAUUAUGGUCGCAGAAAAAGUAGUAAUGGUAGUAAUAAUGCAAGCUCUGCUACACUCCACCAAAAUGUAAAUAAGGGUGAUAAAAAUCACACAGAAAACAGCAAAAAAUAUAAUCAUAGAAGCUCGAAAAGUGUCAAUUUAAACCAAAAUAGUGACGCGAGUGGAAUUUUCACUGGAACCAGUCGUGUGUUGAACUCGAACGGCAGUGAUAGGUAUGACUCUGAUUCCAAUGAUAGAUUUAAUAACAGUGACCAAUCUAGUGAAGUUAUUUCUAGCUACACGAGUGCCAGUAGUGACAACAGCAGUAACAGCGGAAACAGGAGUGCACGUUGAACCAGCAACCUGUCAGUUAUACAUUAAGGUAUGAAGAGGAGUGCGCUUCUCGACGUCCUUUUCGAAAAAAAUCGUGUUGAUCUUCGCGUCUGUUGCACGGAGAGAGAACUCUAAUGAUACGACGUGGGUCUCGCUUCAGGAUUACUGGCAUUUUUAUUAUCUAAUUUAUACUCAAACGAAGGGAAAUGUUCUUAUGUUAAGUAUAAAAAAGGUUACUUGGCAGAUUUUACAUGCCUUUUAACAUUAUUUAGUGCUCAAGCCUAAAGUAGUCGUAAAUUUUGGUGGAUUUGCCCACAUUUUUUUUUAUGGCUGAUAUCUUAAUUUUAUCUUCCAAAUGGAUCGCUGACAAUUAGUGGCGUCAUUUUCAUUAUUCUCGAGUAUCCGGCUUCGAUCCAAUUGACUCAUUCUACGUCAAGUUUACUUGCAUAGUUCCUUGCUUGGAUGAUGUCAUGAGUCAAUUUGUAGAUUAUUAGUCUAUAUAUUAGUUCAAAGUGUAUUUGACCUCUGGACCAAAUAACUUUUGCUACCUCAUGUAUGUUUUUAGAUUAGAUCCAUUGUCUUUGUCUAUAUGUGACCAUCGUUCAUUUUUUGAACUUUACCGAUAUCGCGAAGUUGAAAUUGAGGCAUCCAUGACUUGUGGCAAUAACUUCCUUUAUUACGUCGCUGUUGCUGACGUCAAUUCUUAAGGCUCCUAUAAAGAUACCUGUACUGUUCUUUGAAAUUGAAUUUUCAAAGAUUCAUGUUAGGUGUCGACGUAAAUAAUUUUCUUACAGUUCAAUUAAAAAAAAAACGAAAAUUAUUAUUGGCAUCGUGGAACGAAAUGAGCUAGAAUUCAAUAAGCAAAAUGUGGAUGAAAGUAUCAUGCACAAAUGUACAAUAUUUUAGGCCUAUAAUCAGUUCUACUUUUUUAGCUACCUGAAGUUAAACUGCGCGAACUAUUGCUUCGGUAAAAAUGUUAACAAUGCUUGCAUGACACUCCGCCGAUGACUUGUACGUGUUCAUAAUCGGUUUUCAUGAUGUAAAUAAUCGUCACAUUUAUGCUGGUAUAAUACGUCAAUUAAAACUUUAUCGUAUAAAUUAUGAACGAUUACGAUUCUUUAAGUGCUUAUGUCAGCAACAAGAUUUGAAACGGCGAGAAAUGAAAAAGUUAGAAAUUUUUAUUGACGAAUAUUAUGUAACUAAGUAUGUCAGGCAGGAUAACUUUUCUAUAGUCGGAAAAAUCAACUUAAAUGAGAGCGUUGUUAUCCAAGGUGACGACGCAGAAGCGUUUGAAUUUAACUUAUACAAGUAUACCAAUUGUUAUCUGACUGUGGUAACUCUUUGGGUAUUAAUUUCAAAGCUUAAAAUUUUGCUCCCUCCAGCACGAUAUUCUAAUUUGAAGUCGCAGCAUUGGAUUGAUGGCCGGCAAUUGCUUAUGUUGAACGGAUGUAAAAAGUUUACAUUCCUAUUGUGAAUACUUGCAUUAUACUUCUUGUUUACUAGUCAUAGUCUAUUAUGAACUAUUUUAUAGGUUGUUAUUCAAUGAAAUAUCUUCGUGACGAUUAAUAGACAGAUUGAAAUCUAGCAAUACUGAGCUAAUAGCAAUAUUCAACAUUUUCAAUGCUAUACUUCAUAAUCGCGUUCUAUACCAUAAUAUUUUUAUAUGUAUUGUUAAACAAUCGGCGUGAUACUGUUACCAUAUCUUCCCAUUACCACACUGUUGAAGUGUUGACAAUGCCCAAAAAUCCAACUGAAACUUAUCAUAAAGUUGCAGUUUCACAGAUACAUGUUAGUGUACUUAAACCAUAUUUAAAUAUUUUUGUAAAUAUCUUUCUUCCUCCAGCAUGUACCAUAUUAUUUUCAUCAAUAAAAAACAUUGACAACUUA